AUGAUACCAACAUACUUUAUCUAAUAAUGAUCAAUUAAUUAUUGAAAAUUCAUUAUUUUUAAAAUUAUUGCGAUGAUCAACAUUUCAUUCUAGGUUUGAUAAUGAGUGAAAAUUUUAGGAAUAAUAUUAACAUUGAUGAUAUUUUGUCACGUCUUUUGUCUUCUGCAUAUUCUGAUGAUCCUCAAAUAAGAGAAAAGUUCCCACUUGUAGAAGAAGAAAUUCAAACGCUAUGUUUAUUAUCUAAACAGAUAUUUUUGAGUCAACCUAUGCUUUUAGAACUUGAAGCUCCCAUCAACGUACUUGGCGAUAUUCACGGACAGUACCAAGACAUGUUGCGUUUUUUUGAGCUCGGUGGUCUUCCACCUAAAAAUAACUAUCUUCUUUUAGGUGAUUACGUCGACAGAGGAAAAGAGUCUUUAAAAACGAUAUGUUUUCUAUUUGCUAAUAAAAUCAAAUAUCCAGAUACAUUUUUUCUGUUGAGAGGCAAUCAUGAAUCAUCGGGUUUGAAUAGAGUAUACGGAUUUUAUAAUGAAUGCAAACAAAAAUUUAAUAUAAAUAUAUGGAAAGCAUUUGUAAGUAGUUUUAAUUGUUUGCCUGUUGCUGCUAUCGUUGAAGACAAGAUAUUUUGUUGUCACGGAGGUUUAAGCCCACAUCUUGAGUCUAUGAAUCAAAUUCGAAGACUACGAAGACCUACUGAUAUACCCAAUAGUGGAUUAUUAUGUGAUUUACUUUGGUCUGAUCCGAACAAACGUAUUCGAGGAUGGGGAAGUAACGAACGAGGAAUUUCGGUGACGUUUGGGCCAGAUAUUGUUCGUAGUUUUCUUCUUAAACAUGAAUUCGAUCUAAUCUGUAGAGCUCAUGAAGUGGUUGAAGAAGGAUACGAAUUUUUUGCUGGACGUCAACUUGUGACUAUUUUUUCUGCACCAAAAUAUAGCCAUUUCAAUAAUUCUGCUGCUAUGUUAUGUGUUAAUGAAGAACUGAUAUGCUCAUUCAUAACAAUAUCAUAACAACAUGGAAAGACAAUUUUAGAAAGAUUCAAUUUCAAAAAUGAUUUACAGAUCAUAGAGAAAAUUCCAAGAUAGUAAAUUGAAAUAUAUAUCAUAUUUAAAAUAUACUAAUUACAAAUAAUAUAAAAAAAUUAAUAUAUAGGCCUAUAUAUCUUAUCAUUUAAAUAACAUUGAUAAGAAUAGAUAUUCGAUUUUCUGCGACAAAUACAUUUUAAAAAUAAAUAAA